AUGGUGAAGCUGAACUGCAGCUUCUCCGGAAAGACAGGCUCUGGGGAUGGGGGUACCAUGGACAGCGUCCCUCUGAUCAGCCCCCUGGAUGUCAGCCAGCUCCAGCCAUCGUUCGCUGACCAGGUGGUCAUUAAGACGCAGACGGAAUACCAGCUGUCCUCCGGGGACCAGUCGACAAAGUUCUCCGACCUGGAGGGCCAGAAGCUGAGCGGCGGCCCGGAGGAUGUGCGCAGCAGGAUGCCCACGGGCCGGAUGAUCGCUUUCACCAUGGCGCUCAUGGGCUGCCUCCUGAUCAUGUACAAGGCCAUCUGGUACGACCAGUUCAGCUGCCCCGACGGCUUCCUGCUUCGGCACAAGAUCUGCACUCCGCUGACCCUGGAGAUGUACUACACCGAGCUAGACCCCGAGCACCACCGCAGCCUCCUGGCGGCCAUCGGCGCCUACCCGGUGGGCCGCAAGCACGGCACGGAGACGCCCUGGCUGUCCGCGAGCUACCACGCCUUCAAGGAGGCGCCCCGGAAGGCGUCCAGGGCGCAAGCCCGCGCGGCGGCCGCGGCGGCGGUCACCGAGCCCUCCAGGAAGCCCACCGGGAAGCCCUCCGGGAAGCCUCCCGGGGACGCCGCGCUGCGGGGAGAGAAGGAGGCUGCGCAGAAGGUGGCGGGGAGCACGCCGCCCCCAGCCCCUCAGUGA